UUCAAGUUCAGCAUCUCUCUCUCUCUCUUAUAUUAUAAGAUCUCGAGUUGACCUAUCAGCAGCAAUGACUAUGAACAACAACAUCAACAAUUCAUCAGUUCAACUAGAACAACAAGAGAGAUGUUUAUCCUUCAUGAAGAUUCACUAAGACCCAUCUCAAGACAAAGGAAGAAAGAGUAAUCUUGAUGAAGAAACACUAAUUAAGACCCAACUCAAAAAUUUCAAGACAAGAGUAGCAAGAGUUUGGCAAGAACAACAACAAAGAAGGUUCAAUUUUGAUUCAAGAAACCAUCUUAUAAAUCAAGGUUUCUCCAUCUCAUGGAUCUAUCCUUAGCUCCGGCAACAAACUCCGACCAAGAACAAGACAGAGACAAAGAAUUAAACUCCAACAUCGGAGCAAGCAGUACCUCCGGAACCGGAAACGACAGCAACUUCCCGAUGAUGAUGACGAUACCGCAGCCGGAGAAAGAACACAUGUUCGACAAAGUGGUAACACCAAGCGACGUCGGAAAACUCAACCGACUAGUAAUACCUAAACAACACGCGGAGAGGUAUUUUCCACUAGACUCAUCAAACAGCCAAAACGGCACGCUGUUGAAUUUCCAAGACAGAAACGGCAAGAUGUGGAGAUUCCGUUACUCGUACUGGAACUCUAGCCAGAGCUACGUGAUAACCAAAGGAUGGAGCCGUUUCGUCAAAGAGAAAAAGCUCGACGCUGGAGACAUCGUCUCUUUCCAGCGAGGGAUCGGAGAUGAGUCCAAAAGAUUGAAACUAUACAUCGAUUGGAGGCAUAGACCCAACAUGAUGACCGUCAUUCAAACACAUAAUCAGUUUGGUAACUUCGGUUUUAACUUCAAUCUUCCGACCACUUCUCAAUGUUUCAACAGAUUCCAUCCAUUGCCGGAAUAUAAUACCGUUCCCAUUCACCGGAGCUUGAACCACCAACGUUCUUAUUAUAAUAACAAUCAUGGUCAAGAGUUUGUAGGGUAUGGUUAUGGGAAUUUAGCUGGAAGGUGUUACUACACGGGCGGCUCACCGUUUGACCAAAGAAGCAUUGUUGGAUCAGAGCCGUUGGUUAUUGAGUCAGUACCUGUAGUUCCCGGGAGAUUAACUCCGGUGAUAUUGCAUCCGCUUCCUCCUCCUUCUAUGGAGGGUAAGAGACUAAGGCUCUUUGGGGUGAAUAUGGAAUGUGGUAAUAAUGACAAUAAUCAACAAGAAGAGUCUUGGGUGUUGCCACGUGGCGAAAUGGGUGCUUCUUCUUCUUCAGCUCUGCGACUCAAUUUAUCUAGUGAUCAUGAUGAUGAGGAUGAUGAUGGUGAUGGUGAUGGUGAUGGUGAUGAUCAGUUUGCUAAAAAAGGGAAGUCUUCUCGCUUUCUCUAGACUUUAAUCCAUGAAGAGUCUCAUCAUCCUCUUCUUUUUAAUAUCUCUUUAUUUUAUUUCAUUAGUUGAUCUUCCAAAAGGAAUUAGAUCCCAGCUAGUGAAUGGGAAGAAAAUACGAUCUUCAUUGUUUGUUUGUUUUUUGGUUAUGAGUUUUGUUUUCUACAUGUUUCUUGAUGU